GCGGUCGUGCACGUUUCGUUAGACGCUGAACAGCACACGAAGGAGGAGGCGGGAAUCGUUUUGGCAGAACCUCGUUUUGACUUCUCUCAAAGUCUUGUUUGGUUACAGAUUGCAAAAUCUAAAGCGUCACACAUGGCUACAGUGAAACAAAUUUGGCAAGACAUCGGCGAAGGCUUUGUCCAAGCAUAUUAUAACCAGUUUGAUAAUACUGAUAGGACAUCACUUGGUAACCUUUUUUCUAAUGAUGCCUGCUUAACAUGGGAAGGAUCUCCUUUUCAAGGGAGAGAAGCCAUCACAUCCAAACUAGCAAAUUUACCUUUCAAGCAGAUUAAGCACGUUAUCACAGAACAAGACAUCCAGCCCACAGUCGAUGGAUGCAUCCUCAUUAUGGUGUUCGGACAGCUAAAGGUUGAUGGUGAACCACCAAUGGCCUUCCAUCAAGUGUUCAUGCUGAAGGGUGAAGGCUGCUCGUGGGCUUGCACAAAUAAUGUGUUCCGUUUGGGAAUACAUAAUGUACCAGCAUAAUGAUUUGUUGCUUCAUACAUGAUGACCUCAGGUUUGCAUUUGCAAAGUGGUGGCAUUGUUGGAAAACAUACAGCAUUCCUUCAUUUUUGGAGUAUAUUUGACUGAAUUUUAGUACAAACUCCAUGUCAAGUAAGUUGGGUUCAAUAAAAUGUCAGUAUGAACUAUUGUUAACUGCC